UUUGUGAAAGUUCCCGGAUGAAGGUGUAACGCCAUCUUUACUCCACACCAUUCAAGCCGCAGCUGUUGCUCGCGCAGGGGCCUGCCGGUUAACUCACACUCCUCCUUUACUCCCAAAUCUCUGGCAAAACACGGUCGCAGCGCACUUUUCCAUCAUGGGUGAUCGGGACGAUUUGGUGUACCAAGCCAAACUGGCCGAGCAGGCGGAGAGAUAUGACGAAAUGGUUGACUCCAUGAAGAAGGUGGCUGGGAUGGAUGUUGAACUAACGGUUGAGGAAAGAAACCUGCUCUCGGUGGCCUACAAGAAUGUCAUUGGGGCAAGAAGAGCGUCCUGGAGGAUAAUCAGUAGUAUUGAGCAGAAAGAGGAAAAUAAAGGCGGAGAGGACAAAUUGAAAAUGAUCCGGGAAUACAGGCAAACGGUUGAGACUGAGUUGAAAUCAAUCUGCAAUGACAUCCUUGAUGUAUUGGACAAGCACCUAAUUCCUGCCGCAAAUUCAGGAGAGUCCAAGGUCUUCUACUACAAAAUGAAGGGCGACUACCACAGGUAUCUCGCCGAGUUUGCCACAGGAAACGACAGGAAGGAGGCUGCAGAAAACAGUUUGGUUGCUUACAAAGCUGCUAGUGAUAUUGCGAUGACAGACCUUCAGCCAACACACCCCAUUCGCUUGGGUCUUGCUCUAAACUUCUCUGUAUUCUACUAUGAAAUUCUCAAUUCUCCUGACCGCGCAUGCAGGUUGGCAAAGGCGGCAUUUGAUGAUGCUAUUGCUGAACUGGACACAUUGAGUGAAGAAAGCUACAAGGACUCUACACUCAUCAUGCAAUUGUUACGUGAUAACCUGACACUAUGGACUUCAGAUAUGCAGGGAGAUGAUUCCUAAAGGAAAAUGUUAAUUGCCCACAAACUUUAUUUGUGAGGAACAGAAUAAAGAGGCGCUGCAAGAUGUGGAGGAUGAAAACCAAUGAGACAACACAGCCAAUAUGAGACUCCACCCCACUCCCCUCCUCCCUAAACCCCACUCACAAAGGGAGCCACCAAGCCCAACCUUAUGAGUGGCACUCAACAGCUUGAUGCCUCCAGUUUUUCUCUCCCUUUGUUUGAUUUUUAAUAUUAUUCUGUUUUAUUAGCCCUUAAAUUGAAAUAAAACAUACCACUUAUGAAACAACCUUCAAUUAUGAUUUUUGAAUAGUCAGAUCUUGGAGUAUUUUUUUUGUCCUGGUACAAUUUUUUUUAUUUUUUAUUUUUAUGUUCAUUUGCUUUAUUUCUCAACAUUUUUAUCAGUUGCUGGAUAUAUUUUGAGUUUUUCUUAAUGUAAUUACAGAAAUUAACUUUUAUUACUAUUACUGAUAUGUCUACUAUUAGUGGUUUGAGCUGUAAUAUUUCUGUGUUAGUGCAAUUAUCAAAUGCAUUUAAAGAAAACAAUUAAACAUUUAAAAGGGCAAGUCUAAACAAGUGCUCUUUGUUAAUUUAGUUUUUCAGAGAAAGUUGAAGCAAAUUUCUUGAUAUCCAUGUGGAGCAAAAUGCUUGACAUCAAGUAGUAGUUAUGUAGUGGUCUGGACUGUAAUUUGUGCUAAAAUACUGUAUUGCUCACAUAGGCUGAUGAUGAUUGGUGGAUAGCUGCAAUUCUAUUAAAUUGAAGGAGCCUUGUUGCUUUUAGAAAUAAGACAAAUGCAGGUCUCCAUUGGCUGUCUCAAAAAGAAGAAAAAGCACUAAUAAAAUUGAUUUUAAGCCUG